AAGAGUUCAAGUCGACAAUGACCUGGGUAGUUGUGGGUGUGUGGUGUGUCGGCUCGCUCAAUCUAUUUCACGGCACCGCUGGCUGCUGACUGCUAACGCAAGUCAUUAUCGUCGAGCACUCCAUAAUUUGUUGCACAAGUUGGUGCUCAAAGAACACACGACGUUGGAAGACAUACAGCCGAAGCAGUCACUUUCGUAAAGAAACCCAACUUGACUCUCAUCUAGCAAGGAUUAUAGCCCAACGGCGCAUGCACAACAUGUCAUCAGAGGCGUUCUUCUCCACCCCUGCCGGCGUUAAAGACUACUGUACCGCCACGAACUACCAGGAAUGGAGCGAUUUUAUCAACCAAACGAUGAACGAAGUGAUUCAGGUGGAAGAAACGAUUGUUGGAGUGGGGAAAAGCCAGUUCUACAAUCCACAGAUCAAGCCAGCUGGAGAGGACAGGGUCACUCAAAAAGUAACAUGGAAUGGUUUCCCUCGCCGUCUGCAGCAAGAUUUUCCAGAAUCGUACCUAGAAGUUGCAGACAAGCAAGACGGAUGGCCUCACAACGGCGAAGAGUUCAAGAAAGCCAGAAACCAAGACGAAUACCUGGAGUGGUACGUCUACAAGAACGAUCGGGGCCAAAUUACCCGCGUGGAUUUCACCUGCGAAGGCCCCGAGUACUGGGAUUGUCUGUUCCAAUGGGAACCAGAGACUUGCCUUGCUCUCUACAAGAACUAUAUCUCCCCUGAUGUCAAGCUCCAGGACCUCUACACUGAGGAUCAAGGUAAGAAGAUAUACGACACUUACAACAAGUGGAAUACCACCGAUGGGUGUAUGCACCUCAACUGCCCGCCCAACUCUCUCGGCGCGGAAGUCAGACUGGCUGGAGAUGCGUCUAUCAUUCGCAAGAAAAAUGGCAGCAUUAUUACAGACUCGCAAGAACUGAUCAACUGCUCCCAGUAUGGUCGGGCCGACCGGAACAGCGAUCCUCACAUCGGCUCAGCCUGCAACUCGCUGUGUCGCCUCGGCAAAAGGAUCAGCAUUGCCAACCCCGUCUGCCUGUUCAUUGCCGAUGUGAAGACUGCUGGUUGGACCACCCCAAACGGGGAUGAUGCCUCCAAGUACAUGAAACUCCUCCGCGGGACCGCAGAGGAAGGCCUGCGGUACAGUUUAGAGGUGCCUGCUUCUGAAGGCUUCACUGUAGGUGACAUCGAGAUAGCCGGUGUGCCCAUCCAAUAUGGCGGAUCGGUGGCCUUCCUGAUGGAUGUGGGUCUGACAGCUGAGGCCUGUACUGACACCAAUGGAGUCCAACCAGCCCAUCCAUGCGUUGGCACCUCACCGAAGGGUCUUGCUUUGAACCUUCUUGCCCUCAAUACCUUGCACCCUCUGCUAAAGGUCAAGAAUCACUAUUUUGCCCGUGGCUACACAGCUAUGUAAAACCCCUGAGUAGACCAAGGGACCAAUUCCAAGGAUCUGCGCUUAGCAAAAUAAUGUGUUUAGCAACAUAGCACAUUUUUUGUGCUAAUACCAGCUGCAUGAAUUGGUCCACAGGUCAUUCGAUCAUUAAUAUAUAGGUCCACAUGACUAGUUUGAUACCGUGGUUUCACAGCUCUAUCUAAUCGUCUGUGGCCCGCUUUUAGAACUCCAUCAAAGUAGCUCUUAUUUCCCAUUACCUGUAGCUUAUCUUUUCUUUCGCCUAUACAUCGUGAUUAUCCCCUACACUCGUUUGCUGUUUUCCCCUUUAAUUUGUUCGUGUCACUGCUCCUCGUUUGGCUGACUCACUUCGUUAUGCUACAUGGUGUGUCCAAAAGAAAGUGUGUGUCCAAAUCUUUAAAAGAAUACAAUACAAUUAAAUUACAUUGGAAGAAUGUACAUGUUAUUGACUAGUUAUGUUACCGUACGUAAUUUGCGUGCUACUCACAAGCUAUUUCUAUUUUACUAGAAAUGACACAAAAUUCAGCUGUCCACGUACCACUGAUCAUUUUAAUACCUAUACGCAUCAGUGAAUACACUAUUAUUCAAUGAACCAUGGAGCUGUUUUUUCUGCCUAGAAUUAACGAAAACUUGCAAAGGAAAACAAAGUCCCCAUCAUUGUUUGAGAAAAACACAAGACUUGAGACUUUUGGAUUAUUAACCGUACUUGUUGUUUUAGUAUUGUUAUGCUUAGUUCCUCCUUUAUUUAGUACUCUUUAUCAAUUAUUC